AAUAGCAAACAAGAGAGUUGGAGUGGGCAGAACAAUGGAAAGAAAUAAACUUUUUCAAAAGUAACCGCGCUAAAAGCACUUCCAUUAUCUUCCCACCUUUUUUUCUCCUCUCAAUAAACCCCCAAACUUUUCCCGGGGAAAGGAAACUCAAAAAAAGAAAAAUGGAGAAAUCAAAUUCAACUUUCAACUCCAACUCCAACUCCAACUCCAAUCACAACAAUAACCACCGGAAUUUACACAAACAGAACAACAGCAACAUAUCAGUAAUCUCCGACACUGACUCCUUCCACUCCCCUCUCCGUUCCGACUCACCCUUACGCUCCGAUGACCCUAACAAAUCCCUUUCCUCAAGAGCCCUCGUUUCAGCAGAAAAGUACUACUCCCCUCUCCGAUCGCCGCGUAAGCCUUCAUGGGAGAAUUUAAGCUUACCUCCGACGUCGGAAGUCGGAAACAGGGAUCGGAAUUCUUCGCCUCGGAAUAAGGAUCGUACGAAAGUGGGGCCGGUUUCUGGUGGUGGCGGUGACGUGGAAGGUGGAGGAGAGGUAGGAAGGGAGGGAGGAGAGGGGGCGGGGAGUACGAAGAGCGGAUUGAAGGUGGCGUUAGGGUUUAGAGUUUGUGAGUUUGUUUUGUGCUUGAUUUCGUUUUCGGUUAUGGCUUCUGAUAAAACUGAAGGUUGGAGUGGUGACUCUUUUGAUCGAUACAAGGAGUACAGGUAUUGCGUUGCUGUUAAUGCCAUUGGAUUUGCCUAUUCUGGAUUUCAAACGUUUGAUCUAAUUUACAAUUUGGCAAGUCGGAAACACUUUCUCUCUCACUACACGCGAUAUCAUUUUGAUUUCUUUAUGGAUCAGAUAUUGGCUUAUCUGAUUAUGUCAGCAUCUUCUUCAGCUGCAACGAGGGCAUAUGACUGGAUAUCAAAUUGGGGAAAAGAUGAGUUCACGGAGAUGGCAUCUGCAUCUAUUGGAGUGUCCUUCCUGGCUUUUGUAGCCUUUGCCUUUAGCGCUCUCAUUUCUGGUUACAACUUCUUCAACCGAAAUACCUCAUGACCCAGCAAUUAGUUUGUAUCCACUUAUUCGUACAGUAUAUUUGAGAUUCCCUGCUCAAACUCAUAUUUCUAGCUUGAGAAUCUGUACAAAAAUAGCAAAUAGAUUCAACUACAUAACUUCUCGUCCCUACUACAGAUAAAUAAGAUGUGCAAAUGUAGUUCGCCGUGCUCUCUUGGAGUAUGUAUAAAAUGCGAGAGAACCCAAGAAAUGAACCGGAUCGCAAUAUCGAUUAGCUAGAAGGUCAUAUUCUCAAUGUUCUUCUGGGUUUACUAAAAUUAGAUCCAUAGUUAACGUCAGUAAUAGAAAAUGAGAAGCGGAUCACAUCUUUGUAUUCAGUGUUCAAAGUUGUGAAAGGAACAAACAGAUAGAUAUUUGCUUGUUGA